UCUCGUUUUCCUUUUUUAGCCUGAAAAACGUAUUUUCCAAAGAAAUUCCCACCGCCGGAGAACAAAUGAGUGACAGCAAAGAGGAGGCCACCGAGACGAAAACCCCCAACCUCAUGGAAGCAUGUGGGCCCUUGCUGGAGGCGCCCGACGGCCUUUCCGGCUUUCACGACAUGGAAGGCAUCUGCGAGAUCAGCCACCUCCCGGAAGGCCCGCCGAGCCUCCUCCCCGUCUUGGACGAAGGCGGCUCAGUCGAAGGGACGUCGUACAUCUGCACCGAAUGCGGGAAGAGCUUCUGCAGCAUCUCGAGCCUCAUCAGCCACCAGAAGAGGAACCACUCGGGGGAGAAGCCCUACAAGUGCUCCGACUGCGGGCGCAGCUUCCACCAGAGUUCGGACCUGGUGAAGCAUGAGCGGAUCCACACGGGCGAGAAGCCGUACCAGUGCUCGGUGUGCGAGAAGCGCUUCAACCAGCGCUCCUACCUGAUCGUCCACGAGCGCUUCCACACGAAGGAGAAGCCCUACAAGUGCUUCCUGUGCGGCAAGAGCUUCUGCUCCAACGCCCACCUCAUGACGCACCAGAGGACCCACACGGGCGAGAGGCCUUACCAGUGCCCCGACUGCGGGAAGCGCUUCAGCACCAGCUCGAACUUCGUCAACCACAAGAAGACCCACACGGAGGAGAAGCCAUUCAGCUGCUCCCUCUGCGAGAAGAGCUUCAAGCGCAGCUCGAACCUCAUCCAGCACGAGCGGACCCACACGGGCGAGAGGCCCUACACCUGCUUGACGUGCGGGGAGAGCUUCGCGUCCAACUCGGGCCUGGUGAAGCACCAGAGGAGCCACACGGGCGAGAGGCCGUACAAAUGCUCCUACUGCGGCAAGAGCUUCAGCCAGAGCAUGAUCCUCACGCAGCAUGAAAGGACCCACACGGGCGAGAAGCCCUGCAAGUGCCUCGUCUGCGGAAAGAGCUUCCGCUCCAGCUCCGACCUCGUCAAGCACAAGAGGACCCACACGGGCGAGAAGCCCUACAAGUGCUCGCUGUGCGGGAAAAGCUUCACCACCAGCUCGGACGUGGUGAAGCACGAGCGGACCCACACGGGCGAGAAGCCCUACAAGUGCGGCACCUGCGGGAAGAGCUUCAGCCAGAGCGCACACCUCAUGCAGCACCAGAGGAUCCACACGGGGGAGAAGCCGUACAUGUGCCUCGUCUGCGGGAGGUGCUUCACCUGCAGCGCGCACCUCGUGGUCCAUAAAAGAACCCAUAAAGACCGGGAGGCUUUGCAAGCCUAAAUUGUUUUGGUCUUUAGGGGGCUUUUUUGAGGGGUGUGGGGAGUGCUUCCUGUGGGGAAUGGAAACGGCUUUACUCCCCGGUCUGACAUAGUUGAGCAGCAGAGAUCCCAUGCAAAAAAAAGAGAGGAAAUCUUAGGAGCACAGCUGUCAACUUUUCCCUUUUCUUGCAAGGAAUCCUAUUUGGAAUAAGAGAAUUUCCCUUAAAAAAGGGGAAACGUUGACAGCUAUGCUUAGGAGCGUACUAUGCAGUUUCUUAAACCAGACUUUUAUAAAAACAAUGUGGAGCCUGUUUUUAGAGGAGUGUGUGAAGCAGAAAUAUUUAGUACAGUGGUACCUCGGGUUACAUACGCUUCAGGUUACAGACUCCGCUAACCCAGAAAUAGUACCUCGGGUUAAGAACUUUGCUUCAGGAUGAGAACAGAAAUCGCGCAGCGGCGGCGUGAGGCCCCAUUAGCUGAAGUGGUGCUUCGGCGGGAAGGUAAACAGCAUUUCCGUGCGCUGUUCUGGUUCGCCAGAAGCGGCUUAGUCAUGCUGGCCACAUGACCUGGAAGCUGUAUGCCAGCUCCCUCGGCCAGUAAAGCGAGAUGAGCGCCGCAACCCCAGAGUCGGCCACGACUGGACCUAAUGGUCUGGGGUCCCUUUACCUCGGGUUACAGACGCUUCAGGUUACAGACUCCGCUAACCCAGAAAUAGUACCUUGGGUUAAGAACUUUGCUUCAGGAUGAGAACAGAAAUCAUGUGGCAGCAGCAGCGGGAGGCCCCAUUAGCUAAAGUGGUACCUCAGGUUAAGAACAGUUUCAGGUUAAGAACGGACCUCCGGAACGAAUUAAGUACAUAACCAGAGGUACCACUGUAACCAAUUUAAUCGUAUUAUGCAUGGGGGCGAGGAAUCCUGCCCAGCUAGGAAAGAAGCCAUAACAUUUCCACACAGGCCUGUUCCUGUACUUCGCUGAGUAACGCAGGCGGUAACGCCAAAGUGAACCUGACCAGGUUUCUCGUCGCAGUCAGUAGACCCCCGGCCUGUUUUUAGGGCAAAUGGGGCGCCAUCCCACCAACCUCCAUCCUUGACAUGCGUUAUCACUUGCAUCCAGUCCAAGGGAUGGCGCUGUCUGUCGGCUUCUUCCUCCUUGGUCUCAGUGUGGCCCUUGUAGAACUCUGUAAGAGGGGAUCAAGGCCAUCGUUAGUUGGCUGUGCCUGUCGCUGGCUCUCUGGCGCCACCUACUGUCGGCCUCCCUGCCUUCCGCCCUACCAAUAUCAAUGGAACCCAGCGACACAUUCGUGCAAGGGAUCAGAGCAUAUAUUGUGCUAAGGCACUCUGGGUCAUGGGAUUUUGGGUGCGGAGGAGAGUUGCAGCUGCAAGAGCAACUGCAGGCGGGGAAGCAGCUACAGAAGCAAACCGUUGGUGCAAAAAAAUGAAUAAAUGGGUUUUUCAUGCAUUACUGUAUGUUAUUUCAUGGUAAUAAAUAGAUUGUUGUUUUGUGUGCAGGCCUUCUUUAUCAAGA